AUGUCCCGCUUUCCCUCGUCACACCACCAAACCCUAACCCUAGUAGUGAUUCUCCAGCCGCCACCUUUUCAUGCAAGACCUUCCAGCCACCACCCUUGUCGCCGCCGGAGAACACUGGAGCGCCCAUCGUCAAGCGCCGUUAGGGAGGAGCUUCCAGGACUCGGGACCAACGACGGACAACAGGCGACUCUUGGGGUGCUGCCGGAUCCGCAUCUCCUCCGCCAUUACGCCAUUUCUGUUGAAGACGGGUUGCCGCCGCCGCUACCCCCGGCCGAGGGCGCCACCGCCGCUGCUGUUCCGCCGACGACAUCGACCAUAAGAAGCCGCCACCCUUCUCCUUCUCCUUCUUCAGCCGACAACGACGAAGAGCCUCACGUUGAGGCUGAAUCUAUAGGCCGCCGAGAGCGACACUACAAGAAAAACGCGAUUUUGCUAGGGAAGGAAUCUGUUGCAAAAAGCUGA